AAACACACUCAUGAACCCAAACUAAGUUGAAGAAUGCAGAACACUUUAUCAUCUUCUUCAUGGCUCUGAAGCUCGCACACACUCACAAUUUUCCCAUCUUCGCCCCAACCCUCGACCCCAAUCCCAACCCGCGUCCAUCCUCGGAGACCCGACUAUCUCGCUGGAGCAACCCGCAAACCCGCUCCGACAGAUCCCCCAAUGCACGCCGAACGAGUCGACCCUCCGGCCCGGCCAACAGGUCCAAAAGCCCACCAAGGCCCAACGUGGACCCGGAGUCCCACCCGGCGUUAAGGUUCUCCAACAUCCCCAAAUUGAAACCGCGACGGAUAACCUCCGCCCCGGAUAACGUGAAAAUCAGCGACGACGGACUAUCCUACGUCAUCGAUGGUGCCCCAUUCGAGUUCAAGUACAGCUACACGGAAACCCCCAAAGCGAAGCCAACCAAAAUACGAGAACCGCCAUUCCUCCCGUUCGGUCCGGCCACCAUGCCGCGUCCGUGGACGGGUCGCGCGCCGCUACCGCCGAGCAAGAAGAAGCUGAAGGAGUUCGAUUCAUUCGAGCUUCCACCGCCGCACAAGAAGGGGGUUAAGCCGGUGCAGUCGCCGGGGCCGUAUUUGCCUGGGACAGGACCUAGGUACGUGAAGUCGAGGGAGGAGAUUUUGGGGGAACCAUUGACGAAGGAGGAGAUUCGUGAAUUAGUUAAAUCCUGCAUGAAAACCCCACGCCAACUCAAUAUGGGUAGAGAUGGUUUUACGCAUAACAUGUUGGAUAAUAUACAUGCUCAUUGGAAGCGGCGGAGGGUGUGCAAGAUCAGGUGUUUGGGAGUGUGUACUGUCGAUAUGGAUAAUGUUUGCCAGCAGCUAGAGGAAAAGACAGGGGGUAAAGUCAUUUUCAGACGGGGCGGUAAGGUCUACCUGUUUCGAGGAAGAAACUACAAUCAUAAAACACGCCCACGUUUUCCACUGAUGUUGUGGAAACCUGUGAGUCCAGUAUAUCCUAGGUUGAUUCCGCGAGUUCCUGAAGGUCUAACUCUGGAAGAAGCAACUGAAAUGCGUGAAAAGGGACGCAAAUUGAUUCCAAUAUGCCGGCUAGGAAAAAAUGGUGUUUACUAUAACCUAGUUAACACUGUCAGGGAGGCAUUUGAAGAGUGUGACCUAGUGCGUAUAAACUGUCAAGGACUAAAUAAAAGUGACUAUCGAAAAAUUGGAGCAAAACUAAGGGAUCUUGUACCGUGCACAUUGCUUUCCUUUCAAUAUGAGCACAUACUUAUUUGGAGAGGACCUAAUUGGAAGUCCUCUAUACCAGAUCUUGGAGAUGACCUCAAGGAAGCCAAUAAAAUUGUUGACAAUAAAAAUUUUGAACCACGGCCAUCAGAGGCCCUAGAAAUCUCAGCGCAAGGUCUACAGAAGAACACAGUAGAGCAUGAAAGCAAUUUAUCACAUGACGCUACCAUUUCCUCCAGUUCAAGUGAUGUUACUUUGGGUAAGGUUGAGGUGCCAUAUCCCAUUGAAAAUAGCAGGCAAUCUAUUUCUGAGGUUACUGAGCUUGCUUCACUUACAAAAGUUUAUGAAGUUGAAACCGCAAAUGUUGCUACAGAUUCCUAUGCUGAGCCUGACCCUUGCACGAGUCCCUGUCCAAGUGUGACCUUAUCACACUAUAAUAACAGUUCUGAAGGCUCGACGAGAGCUAUGAGUGAUAACCAUGGAGCUGAGAAUAUAAUGGAUAGCCAAACCAUCUGUGUUGGUCUUUCUGCUUCAAUUUCAGUUGGAGGUGGUGACAAUUAUACCAAUGGAAUGGUAGAUCCUCAUUGUGAUAAGCUGCUAGAUACUUUAGGAGAAGUAGAUGUCAGUCAGUUACCAAGGUCAGCUGCUCCUUAUAUGAAAGAAAUUUUGUUACUCUUCGAACAAGCUGUUGAGCAAGGUAGUGCGCUUGUUCUAGAUAACGAUUCUUUGGAUGCGGACAAUAUUUACCAAAAAGCAGUUGCCUUUGCCAAAUCAGCUCCACCUGGACCAGUUUUUGGGAAACAAAGAAAGGCUGUGGCUGUGGUUGAAAAGAGUCACAAGAAUGAAGGUUCAACUUUAGAGACUAAAGAAACUACCACUGUUUCCACGAAACGGGAAAAGGCGAGGAGUACUAAAAUUUCUAGAAAAGCUAAUUUUGAUGGCCAAUUACUGAAUGAUGUACCACAAGGAACAUUAGGAGUUGAUGAACUUGCUAAACUUUUAUUAUGAUGCUGGAUGGUUUUAUCUAAAGUUCUGAUGCCAUUGCAGUAGAGUUCAUUGAAUCAUACGUAGUGCAUUUGUUGACAAA